AUGAAGAUUGUCUCACUUCUUCGCAUCAUUUCUGCUUCCUGCAGUGUCCUUGCUUCACCUGGGCUGGCCAAUUAUACCAGCCUGACAGUGAAGCAGGUGAGCGCUGAGUUGGGCCCUCUGCUUUCCACACAGAAUCUCAUCACUUCGGAGGUUCCGGCCCGAUGGAGUGACUUCGAUCCCCCGCAUCCAUUGGUCGUGGUCAAUGUCGAGACUGAGCUUGAUGUUGCAGUUACGGUCAAAUACUGCGUUGACAAAAAGGUUCAUGUCCUGGCACAGAAUGGGGGAGCCGGUUGGGCAACGUUCGAUCAGAGCGAACAAGUUGUGCUGAUUAAUAUGGCUCGCCUCAACGGGGUCACAUUCAACUCGAACAAAACCCAAGUGUCCAUUGGAGGUGGAUCCACCAUUAACAACACAAUCGCGCAUGCAUAUGCCGCUGGAGCUCUUGUAGAGACUGGCAACUGCAACUGUGUUGGUACAUUAGGUGCUAUUCUCGGUGGCGGUUAUGGUAACCUGAUGGGUUUGUAUGGCUUUGGGGUUGAUAACGUCCUCUCUUUGACCGUUGUUACUGCUGAUGGGCAACUACGAAAUGUAACGCCCUCGUCCGCGCCAGAUCUCUUUUGGGGUUUGCGCGGCGCAGGACCAAAUUUUGGCAUUGUUACAUCCGCCGUGGUCAAGUCCUAUCCAGCCUCACAGGAUGAUAUGCAAGCUUGGAGUGGUGGCCUGGUUUUCGAUUCCGAUGAUUUGGAAGAGGUUGUACAGGCCAUCCAAGAUCUUGACCUGCAGCCCGAGAUGAACGUUUUCCUGUACUACAUCUCAGAUGGCUCAGAAUCUAAUACGCCGAUAGUCCUUGCUACAGUUUUUCUGUACAAGGGCAACGCAACAUCUGGUCGUGAUGCAUUUGCCAGCCUGUAUGCCAUUGGUCCAUUACUGGAUAGUACCGCUGUCCUUCCAUACAACCAAUGGAAUGCUGGGGGUGAUCAAUUCUGCAAUUUUGGGGCACGGAAACCAUCUUACGGUGCCGGCUUUCAAAAUAUGGUCCCAUCCACUUGGCGUCAGAUUUGGGACGAGUACGUCGCAUUCCAACAGCAACCCGGAGCGCAGAAUAGCGUCGUACUGCUUGAGGCUUACUCUCUUGAGAAAGCCAGAUCGGUAGACGCUGGGACGUCCGCUUUUCCAUACCGCAACAUCAAUUUUAACGCUGUUGCAAUUCCUUGGUAUGAGGAUGCCGCCUUGGAUUCCCAGGCUCAGGCUUUUGGCAGCAUGACCCGGGACCUUUGGAGGUCGACCGAUGGCCUGGCCAAAAAUUCAACCUAUAUCAAUUUUGCGCACGGUGAUGAGGACUUGGACGUUGUGUAUGGAGAAAGCCUUCCAAGGUUGCAGUCCAUCAAGCACCACUUUGAUCCCACAAAUUACUUUAAUCAAUGGUAUGAUAUCCGGUAA